UGUGUGUGUGUGCGUUGGUUUUUGUGGCUUAUGAGGACUUUUGACCUGUUUACGUACCGACACUACGGGGACAUUUGGAAUUAUGAGGACAGGGACAGUGUCCCCAUAAUUCCUCUAAUAUAUCUAUAUAUAUCUAAGUAAAAGAAGCUAAAAUUCAAAGUUUCGGUCGAAGUCCACUUACACCACAUACCCCUGAAACUGACUUUACACAGUGUUAACUCGGAAUUUAAUAUAGCGCCCCCUUUAGUCUGGUCUUGGUAUUGCACCAACUUACACACUCACACAAAAUUUGAGCCUUCUGAUUGGCUACCGCUGACUCGCCUAAUUCGCGCUCUGAUUGGCUGCGGCCGAUGUCAUUCAUGUCACGUGUCUCGGUUUGUGGGCGGAGUUUCUCUAUGUGCAGCGCGUCAUCAUGCGGAACUCAUAAUACGUCAAUCUUUAAAAAACAGCGUCCGGUGUACAGACUGUGUGAGAUGAAGCUGAGGAGGAGGAGGAGAGACAAUCCCAAACAGGAGGCUGAAUAUUUCACAUCUGCUGCCAAAGACAAGGAGGGAUUUGAUGUGAAAUAUAUAAAUUCAUUUAUAGGACGUGGAGUAUUCAGUUGUGUUCAUUUUGAUAAGGGAGAUUUUCUUUUGGAGUACAGAGGACAACUCAUAAACAAAGCUGAAUGUGAACGACGACAGAAGUUGUAUCACGAUGCCAUGAAAGUAUUCAUGUAUGAAUUCCGUUUCAAUGGAAGACUCUUAUGUGUCGAUGCUUCCAGAGAAGAUGGUUCCCUUGGGAGACUUGUCAAUGAUGACCACAUCAGCCCAAACAGCAAAAUGAAAAUAAUCACUGUAGAGGGAAAGCCUCAUCUGUGUUUAUUUGCGACUAGGAGCAUCGACCCUGGAGAAGAAAUCACAUACGACUAUGGCAAUUCUGAGUUGCCUUGGAGAAAUAAGAUUGUAGCUGAAGAACACCAACUGCCACCAGAGGAAAACAGCACUAUGGCAUUGAGUGAGGCCAGGAGGGUGAAAGACAAUCAGUCUCUGUCACAGCACCAGGCUGUUUGUGAGGCAGACCCCUUUACCCCUGUGACCGAAGAUACCCAGGCAGCCAUCAACCAAACAGAACAGAAUAUAGCUGGAGCCGUCACUGAGGUUACAUCAGAGCUGACGUCUGUGAUGGACAAGUUGGAGACUGAUGUUCUGGGAGGAGAGACAGAAAAGAAUAUAGCUGGAGCCGUCACUGAGGUUACAUCAGAGCUGACGUCUGUGAUGGACAAGUUGGAGACUGAUGUUCCAGGAGGAGAGACAGAAAAGAAUACAGCUGGAACCAUUACUGAGGUUACAACAGUGCUGACGACUAUAAAGGACAAGAUGGAGUCUGAGGUUCCAAGAAAGGAGACAGAAAAGAUUACCAUUGUGAAGGAGCAAUCUGGGCCUGAGGAAAAAGAUACAGUAGCACCAAGUGAGAAAACAGAAAAAAAUUGUAAACAUGAAAUGGUCCUCGCAACUGUUUCGAGCAUGAACAAAUGUGCAGCAUGUGUUGGACCUGUAGCAUCACUCAAAUGGAUUGGUCUGAGAUGCAAAGGUCAGUAAUGUACUUUACAGUAUUUAAGAUGGCAGUUAAUUUAUAACUGGUAUGGUUUGUCCAAUUGGCCCAUUGUUUCCAGACAGUGGUCCUGGUCUCAUAAAUUCAUAAGGUUUGAAAAUUAUUAAUAAAAUUCUAAGCUUCAUCUUUUUAUAUUGAGUUAAGGCAACAGUUGUGGUGUUUUUAGUUUUAUGUGUAUUGAAGUCUUACAUUCUUACUUAUUUACUUCUCUCUCUUUUGCAGUCUGCAAUUGUUUUUGGCACAAGUCCUGCUUUGUAAAACUUAUUAAGAAUGAGUCACUAUCAUGGGUGAGUGCAUUUAUAAUUCAUUAUAUAAAUUUUAGUCAUUUGCAAGUGCAAUUUCUAGUGAUCGUUUGUUUU